AUGGCGAAGAAAUCUCCAAAUUGGUUGUUAAUGCCUGACGAACUGAUGGAAAAUAUACUUCAAAGAUUGAAUAGCGUGGAAAAAAUCAGGAGCGCAGGAAAAGUAUGCAGAACUUGGCGAAGAAUUUGCAAGGAUCCGGCGAUGUGGAAGGUUGUCGAUAUCAACAAAUGGCGGGAUGGUAGUGAUACGAAUUACAAACUCGAGAUCGAGAUGCUGACUAAGCAGGCAGUCGAUCUCAGCUGUGGGGAACUGAUUGACUUCAGUAUCGGAGGAUUUUGCACCGAUGAUCUCCUUGAUUACAUCGUGCUACGGUAG